CCUGCGCUAAGAUGGAGCCCCCGAAGAUAGAUCCCGAGUUCCAUCGGUUUUACCACCAGUUGCUGAGCCCGCUGUCACUCUUACCCCGCAGGCCGACGGCCCCAGAGCCUCCGAAGCGCAGCCCGCAGGCCUCGAUACUGCAGACCGUGCCGCUGGCGAAGCUGAGGGUGGCGCCGCUGUGCCGCCAGGUGGCCAAGCUGCUGGCCAACAGCGGGAUGGCGUCCUGGGUGCCUUCAGAAGGCCGACUCCGUCUCACCAACGUCAUCCUGGACGAACUAAAGUGCAGUUGGCGGGAGCCUCCUGCCGAACCUGGUCUGAGCUACGAGAACAACCAGAAGCUGAGGAAGCGGCUCGAGGCUUACGUGCUGCUCAGCUGUGAGCAGCUCUUUUUACGCUACCUGCACCUGCUGGUGACUAUGUCGACCAUGUCGAGGGUCUUCACUGAAUCAGCCACCCUCACCCGGUUGGCUGCCAGCCUUGCCAGGGACUGCACAGUCUUCCUCACCAGCCCCGACGUCUACCGUUGCCUGCUCGCGGAUUUCCAAACCCUUCUGAAGGCAGAGCAGACCCACAGCAGCAUGGACAAGCGGCCCCCAGCCUGCCCCAUUGGAUCUUUCAAGCUUUGCCCGAUCCCCUGGCCUCACAGCACCGGCUUCGCCCAAGUCCCAUGCUCUAGCCUCAACCUGAACUACCUGGUCCAACUCAGCCGCCCACCGGAGUUUUUUAUUGAGCCUGAAUUGGAUCCAUUGAAGGAAUUGAAGUCCAUCCCGCAGUUAAAGAGUAGAAAGCCUCUCCGCAGGCUGCCUACCAUAAGAAAAGAGAAAGACAUGGACUUCAGUUCUUCACAGAUGGUGCCAAUUCCCAGCCACUCUGUGACUCCCGCCAGUAGGGGUCCCCUCCUCCCCACUUUACAUGUCUUUUCCCAGCUACAGAGAAGCCAGUCCAUGCCCUGUCUUCGUGAGGGCUGGAAGCUGGCAGAUGAAUUGGGUCUUUCUCCACUCCCCCCUCGUCCCUUAACCCCUCUGGUCUUGGCUCCGGGAAAAAGCAAACCAGAGCUUACUGGGGAAACUGUGGCUGCGGAUCUGAAGCAGAAGAUAAAGAACAUGAACUUGGAGUGGACUCACUACUCAGCAUUGGACUCUGGCCUGCCCCCACUCCUGGGGGUUGUGACCCACCACCCAGCUGCUGCCCAUCACCUGGAGGAGCUGCAGAGAAUGUUAAAGAGCUUCCAGGAAGAAGAAGCCUCCAGGCGGUGGGACCUCCUGCACCCCAAAUCCCCUCCACUUUAUCCACAGCCAGUGACCAAUACUUUGAAGCUAAAAAAUAAAAUUGUUGUUCAGGCAGCAGCUGUGCGGCUCUCUGAUAGAAACUUUUUGGACUCUUUCCACGUUGAGGGGGCCAAAGUCCUAUACAACCACCUGGCUGGUGAACUGGACUCCAAAGUUAUUGAAGAAAUGGAUAUCAAUCGCCUCACUGGCAUUAGUACCAAGGAGGUCUAUGAGGAGUUGAUGAACCGUGUCUCUAAUGACCAUUUCUGUUUUGACCAAGGACCUCUGGUUGAGCCUGCAGCAGAUAAAGACUGGUCAAACUUCCUGUCCUCAGCAUUUCUGCGCCAUAAAAAACAGUUUCAAAUAGUCAACCCUGAUCUGACUGGAAUUUACCAGAGAAUAAAUGCUUCCCAGUCCAACCCUGAGAGGAUGCCUUCUCCCACACCACCCCAGGCAAGUAAAAACUGGGAGAAGCGGUCAAAUAAGAUCUGGCUGAACUUGUGGAAAUCCACCCUGUCUGUGGAUGACUACUUUAAGUACCUCACCAAUCAGGAGACAGAUUUCCUCCAUGUCAUCUUCCAAAUGUUUGAAGAGGAGGUACCUGUGGAGGUUCCAGUACGCAUCAAAAAGUCCCCAAUGAUUCAGCGGCCCCCUCCCUUGUUAGAAGAUGAAGAGCCAGACUUUGUGCCAGGAGAGUGGGAUUGGAACACAGUGCUAGAGCAGAGGCUGGAAGGGGAGAAGGACCAGAUCCUGAGCCUGCAGGAGCGUCUGGAACGACUGUGGUCUGUUCUGGAGGUCCCCCACAAGGGCCGGCUGGACAUGGCCAUCAAGUACAGCUCCAAAGCCCGUCUGAGGCAGCUGCCUGCAUUGGUGAGGGCCUGGGAAAAGGCCCUGAAGCCCAUUCAGCUGCGGGAGGUAUUGCUGGGGAAACUAGAGUGGUUUGAACAGCAGGCCUCUGACCCCAACCGCUUCUUCCAAAGGUCUGAAUUGGGCAUGAGUCACCUCCUACAGGAGAAUCAGUUGCGCAGCUAUUUCCACAGGAAGCUCAAUCAAAUGGAGCCUUCUUUGGUUAUCCUCCUGAAGGAGAUUGAAUUAAUCUUUGGUGAACCAGUGACCUUCAAGGGGCAGCGCUACCUGGACAAAAUGAAGUGGGACAAAGUGGAGAUGCUCUACUGGCUCCAACAGCAGCGGCGGGUUCACUACCUGAGCCAGGACAAAAAGGCCUCCCAGCAAUCAGCCCUGUUCAAGAGGCAUAACAGCCAGCCUUUACUAGUUCCUGGGAAUACUCCCGAUCCCCUUUAACCAGACCAAGCAUCCUCAAAUCCCUCCCUCAUCUCCAAACACCCAGCAGUUCAUCCGGACCUCUUGAUGGCUUUGGAAGAAGAAAUAUGGGUAUCUCUAGCUGAGGGUGCAGGACUCAGGAACAUUGCACUUCGAACUACAAAGGACUGAGAUUAAGCCUUUGACAGGGAAGUUCUCACAAAAGAAUCCCCAAGUCCAGUAUUCCCAUUUAUGUCAACAGCCUGGUAGAAUACAACCACGAUCUCUUACCAAAGGAACUGAGACUAUCUCUUGGAAAACAUCAGACAGACAAACCAUGAUCUUUGGAACAUUCUUGUCCUUUAGCAUUCCUACCUUGGAACCUUAAAUUGGCUGAUUAGAGUCCUAAAUUAAGAAGCUUAAUGGCAUAACAAUUAAGAACUAGGGCUCAGGAGUCAGAUAUGGGUUUAAAUCCAGGCCAUGUGAUCUUGGGCAAGUUGGCUAACUGCCCUUGGAUCAUCAUGUCAAAUGAAGUGGGUUAGGUACAGGUUACUCCUUCCAGUUUUGCAUUUUAUUGGUAAGGCUCAAAGUUUUAAUUAAAUUUUUACCAGCUAAUACAAGCAUUUGGUACAAAGUAUACUGAGGUGUGUACUGAAGUGUAAAUCUCAGGGCUGGGGCUGUAGCUCAGCGGUAUAGCACUUGCCUCGCAUGUGUGAGGCACUGGGUUUGAUCCUCAGCACCACAUAAAAACAAAUAAAAUACAGGUAUUGUGUCCAUCUAUAACUAAAAAUAUUUUUAAAAAGUAAAUCUCCCUUCCAUGCCUCCUUCAGAUCCCUGCUUCCCUCCUCCGUGGUAUAACAACUAUUACCAGUUUCUCGUAUUCAGGAACUAUUUACUGAAUAUCAGCUAGGUGUUAGAUGCUUGGUCUACAUCAGUGAACAAAACACUGACCCUUACCCUUGUGGAGUUUCCAUUCAACUAGGAAAAAAACAGACGAUAAGCCAUAAACAUAGCACCUAAGCACUUUGAAUUAUAGAACAUUUGAAGGUGAUGAGCAUUGUGGAAAAGAAAAGAGCAGGAUAAGGGGAACUCUACAGGGUGAUGGGCUAGUUUUAAUUAGGGUGGCCAGGGGCAGGCCUCACUGGGAAGACUUGAGCAAAAGUUUGAAAGAGGUGAAAAGUGAUCUCUGUGGACAUUCAGGAGAAGAACUUUCCUGGUGGCCAUGGCAGAGCCUAGGUAGGCCAUGUGUAAGGUAUUCUGGCCACACAGCAGGGUGGUCAGGGUCUGCAGAGUGAUGGGGAGAGAGGAGUCCAAGAGUCAAGACAAGUUGUCAUUGAACAAAUUAGAAGUGGUAAGGCCUUUAAGUCGCAAAUGAACUAUUUUGGAUAUAGCCUGUGCAUAAAUAAACUUAU